CGCGUCCCCGCGCCGGAGCCGCACGGCCCAGCAGCUAGCACCCAGCCCGGCCCGGCCCCGCCAGCCGCCACCCAUGGAGGAGCAACCCCACCACCACCAUCACCACCACCACUAUUACUACUACGGGCACCACCACCACCACCCGCAGAGCGCCUACCUGCCGCCGCCCGACGGCCGAGCCCAGCCCAAGCCGCCGCUCCGCCACGAGCACAAGCACGGCGGCCCGCAGCACACGGAGGCGCCCAAGCGGAGACCAGGCUACGGAGAGCUAAACGGUAAUGCAGGAGAACGAGAAGUGUCACUAAAGGGCCUGUGCUCUGAUGAAGCCACCACCCCAGGAUCCAGGGUACCCAAUGGCAGCCAGCAGCUUGUAGAUGCUAAUGUCACCCCAAAGCAGACUGUGAAGGCCAGUGCUUUGGGGAAAGCUGGAAUCAAAACCAAGAACUUCAUUCAGAAAAAUAGCAUGGACAAAAAGAAUGAGAAGUCCUACGAAAACAAACACAGAGAAAACCAGUCCUCAGACAAGCCAGAGGGAGUGUCUAUUCCAAAUGGCGUGGUAACCAAUAAUUCCAGCUACAUCACAAAUGGCUACGUAGGCAAAGGGGCCGAUAAUGAUGGCAGUGGCUCUGAGAGUGGAUAUACUACACCUAAAAAGCGGAAAGGCAGGCGCAACAGUGCCAAGGGUUGUGAGAACUUGAAUCUAGUACAGGACAAAAUAAUGCAGCAGGAGGUCAGCACAUCAACCUUGAAACAGGAACUUGAGAGUUUCAAACCUGAUUAUAGUGAACAAAAGGGGAACCGAAUUGAAAAUACUAAACCUGUUUGGAAAUAUGAGGCUGGGGCUGGUGGAGCAGGCCGGGGAAAGCCUGGGCUUGGGGAUGUACCACGGAAAAACUCUGAUGCCAAACCUGGGAUUAGCAGCAAGAAGUUUGAUGACCGGCCCAAAGGGAAGCACACCUCAUCGGCUUCAUCUAAAGAGGACUCAUGGACCUUAUUUAAACCGCCCCCAGUUUUUCCAGUGGACAAUAGCAGCGCUAAAAUUGUUCCCAAAAUUAGUUAUGCAAGUAAAGUUAAAGAAAACCUCAACAAAGCAGCUCAAACCCCAUCCACAUCGUCCUCAUCAUCUUCAUCAUCUGCCGGGGAAACUCAGGCCCAAACAUCAAGUCGACUUUCCCAAGUCCCCAUGUCUGCUAUGAAAUCUGUCACUUCUGCCAGCUUCUCAAAUGGGCCAAUCCUUGCGGGGACCGAUGGAAGUGUGUAUUCCCCAGGGACCCAGCCACUGCUCUCCACUGCUGCUAGUACUGUACCAUCGAGCUCCUCUGAGUCAGUACCCCAGGACAUGAGUACAACUUCGACAGCUCUUGAACAAAAGAAAUCUGGCCUUUUUAUCUACCCUUCAAAUAUGCAAACUGUGCUCCUGGGGACAGCACAAGUCGAUUUCCCUUCGCAGACGAAUCAGCAGAACCUGGGGGAUAUCUUCCAGAAUCAGUGGGGCUUGUCUUUCAUAAACGAGCCCAGUGCUGGACCUGAAACCGUUGUGGGGAAAUCUGCGGAUAAUCAGUUAAUGGAAGUGACAUUUCAAGGGGAAUAUCCUGCCACUUUGGUUUCACAGCGUGCUGAAAUCAUUCCCUCAGGAACUGAACAACCUGUGUUUCCUAAGGCUUAUGAGCUGGAUAAACGGACUAGCCCUCAAAUUCUUAGUGCUGUUCUUAAGCCUGGGACUGCUGUUGAGGGUGGUGUCUUAGCUUUGGAGUCGCAUCACACAGGUGACCUACAAAAGGCAGACACCGGUAGCCAAGGUGCUUUAGUGUUUCUUUCAAAAGACUAUGAAGUAGAGAAUCCUCUGGCCUCUCCUACGAACAAUUUGCUAGCCUCCGCCAAAGAACAGAGGUACCAGAGAGGCCUAGAAAGGAAAGAUAGCUGGGGUUCUUUUGACCUGAGGGCUGCUAUUCUAUAUCACACUAAAGAAAUGGAAGCGGUUUGGAACUUGCAGAAGCAAGAUCCCAAAAGGAUAAUCACUUAUGAUGAAGCCAUGGAUCGCCCGGAUCAAUGAAGGUAGCAAGACAAGACUGCCUGUUAUAACCUUUCUGCAGCAUUUGUGCUGUUCGUGGGGGACAAAAAGGCUUUUAUGCUCCUUCUAAAUCUUCAGUGCAGCAGAGGAACCAUAACUAGAAUCACAGGAUAAUAUAUACAAAAAUAUAUAUAGUUAUUUAAAAAUGGCAACUGAAAGUAAUUAGACUUCUUAAGGAAACUGAAAAUUUAUUUCAACAAGACUACAGACGUGAUUAUUUAAUCUCCGGUACUGAAUAGAUUUUUUUUUUCUUUUUUCA